AACUAACGAAUUCUCUAUAUAAGCGCCGGCUUCUGCGCACGUAAACAAACAGUCAUCAGCUAGCAGUCACAAUGGUGUCCGACUUCAGAAAGAAGAAGCUGUUGCAUUUGUUCAACAAGUUCUUCGACAGGGACGGCAGUGGCUCCGUCGACAGGAAGGACUUCGAGCAGGCAGCGGAGAACAUUUCCAAGCUCAGAGGAUGGAAACAGGGCGACGCCAAAUACAAGGAGACAUUAGACACCUUGCUGAAAGUGUGGGACGGUCUACAAAGUGUAGCGGAUGCGAAUAAAGACGGCGAGGUUACCGCCGACGAGUGGGUGUCGAUGUGGGAGGCGUACGCCAAGAACCCGUCGUCGGCCUACGAUUGGCAGAACCAGUACUGCAAGUUCAUCUUCCAGUUAGAGGACGCCAGCAACGACGGCGCCAUCGACAGCGAGGAGUUUUCCACAGUCUACGCUUCCUUCGGCCUGAACAAGGACGAGGCCGUGGCCGCCUUCCAGAAGAUGGCCAAAGGCAAGGGCAACGUCUCCUGGCCCGAAUUUCAGGAAUUGUGGAAAGAAUAUUUUGUUACCGAAGACCCGAACGCUCCAGGAAACUUCAUCUUCGGCAGGUCUAGUUUUUAAUUAUUUUCGUUGAAAGAAUAUUUAUUGCACGUGUUAACAGAAGGACAUUUCGUUAAUUUUAAUUAAAUCUUUAUGGUAGUAAAAUUUAAGAAUUUGAAUUAUUCUCAUUAUUUGUUAACGUAAAAGAAAUUUUCUAUGUAUAACUUUUGAUAUCUCGAUAAAUAAAAAGAUGAGGUUUUAAAAA